AUGGUGGUUGAACAAAUGCAGCUUAAAGGCACCCUUGAGGGCCACAAUGGGUGGGUAACACAGAUCGCUACCUUCACCCACAACGACAAAACCACUGUUGUUUCUUCAUCUCGUGAUCGCACCAUUAUCCUUUGGGAUGUAGACAAUGUCGUCAGCGAUAUUGAUGCUAUUGGCCGUCCAGUGAAGGCUUUAACUGGUCACAACCAUUUCGUUUCUGAUGUCGCCAUUUCCUCAGAUGGACAGUUCGCACUUUCCGGUUCUUGGGAUAAGACUCUUCGCCUUUGGGAUUUAACCACUGGGCAAUCCACUCGUCAGUUCUCUUCCCACACAAAAGACGUACUCUCUGUGGCGUUUUCUGCUGACAACCGUCAAAUUGUCUCUGGUUCCCGUGAUCGCUCCAUCAAGCUGUGGAAUACAUUAGCGCAGUGCAAUGGGCAAUCCACUCGUCAGUUCUCUUCCCACACAAAAGACGUACUCUCUGUGGCGUUUUCUGCUGACAACCGUCAAAUUGUCUCUGGUUCCCGUGAUCGCUCCAUCAAGCUGUGGAAUACAUUAGCGCAGUGCAAGUACACCAUCACAGAAGACUGCCACACUGAUUGGGUGUCUACUGUAAGGUUUUCACCCUCCACUCGCGAUCCCGUCAUCGUAUCUGCUGGAUGGGACAAGAUCGUUAAAGUGUGGAACCUUGGAAACUGCCGUCUGAAGACCAACCACAUUGGUCAUACUGGUUACGUCAGCACCGUGACUGUCUCGCCCGAUGGUUCGUUGUGCGCUUCAGGAGGCAAGGACGGUCAAGCGAUGCUUUGGGAUCUGAAUGAGGGCAAGCACUUGUACACUUUGAACGGAAACGAUGUCAUUCACGCAAUGGCCUUCUCUCCCAACCGAUAUUGGCUCUGCGCUGCUGUUGGUCCAGUUAUCAAGAUCUGGGAUUUGGAAGAUAAGCGUGAGAUUGAAGAGCUGAAACCUGAUAUUACCGGAAAGACGAUGACGGCUCCUCAGUGUGUCUCUUUGGCUUGGUCCCAGGAUGGGCAGACUCUUUAUGCUGGAUACACGGACAACGUUAUACGUGUGUGGCAAGUACUCAUGUCAGAUAGAGCAGAAGUCAUUUCAAUAUGUAUUCGACUUGCUGCCGCUGCUGCUUUGUCGUUUUUCACUGUGCGCUACAUGGUGAAGUUCCUUGACCCACAGUAUGCCAGCCGUGAAGAGAACAAGAAACGUGUUGCACGGCUUUUUCAAGAACUAGGAAUGAGUGAAAAAAUUGAACUCAAUGAACACGAGCUGCGAAUUGCAACUCAAUUCGUCGGUGGAGAAGACGCCGGGGCGGAAUGGGACGAUAUUGGUGGAUGUGAUGAACUCAUUGCGGAUAUGAAAGAUCGAAUCAUCCUUCCUCUGCAGAUUGCUGCUGAGUCGGAUUCUGAACUCCUUUGCCCACCAAAAGGAAUUCUCCUCUAUGGUCCACCGGGAUGUGGAAAGACUCUUUUGGCAAAAGCGGUCGCUCGCGCUGCUGGAUGCAGGUUCAUUAAUUUGCAAGUCUCAAACCUCACGGACAAGUGGUAUGGUGAAUCCCAAAAGCUGGCGGCUGCAGUGUUCUCUGUUGCGCAGAAGUUCCAGCCUACAAUCAUUUUUAUUGAUGAAAUUGAUUCAUUCCUUCGCGAUCGUCAAGCACACGACCAUGAGGCGACUGCUAUGAUGAAGGCGCAGUUUAUGUCAUUAUGGGAUGGAUUCGCCACCACCAACGACAAGAUAAUAGUCAUGGGAGCAACCAACCGUCCUCAAGAUGUGGAUCCUGCUAUUCUCAGGCGUAUGUCUGCCCGAUUUGCUAUUCCUAUGCCCUCUGAAAACCAACGAGAACAGAUACUUAAGGUGAUUUUACGCGAAGAAAGUCUUUCGGACAGUGUCGAUCUCAAAAAGAUCGCUGCCAUGGCUCAGGGCUUGUCCGGUUCGGAUCUCAAAGAGGUAUGUCGUUUAGCGGUGCUUUCCAGAGCAAAAGCGACAUUGGCUGACCAAGGAAGCUUACGGAAUAGACAACCGAUCCAACACGAUGACAUGGAAUUUGCAUUAUUGAAGUACUCUAGAGCUUAUCAGCAGAUGACCGAGCAUGGCUUGGACUAA